CAUAAUAUCGAUCUGGCAAGGUCGCAGCAUGUCGGAGGCGGGUGCUGCGGAUAGCAAAUUGUCGGUCGCGGUCGCAACAGAUGACUUCGUAAACUUAUGCUGCAUUCUGCCCGAUUUUCGCAGCAUUGUCAACCCAUUAUGACAAUAUAUGAGCUAUGUAGCGCGGCGACUACACCAGCGCGUUCAGGAGGUUCCGACUGCCUCCGGUUCUGUCAGAAUGGGGACACGCGACGGGGCAUAAAAGACCCUGCGAGGCCGCAUAGUCAUAAUACUUGCUCCUUACACAACGCCAAGCUUACAUCUUAAUUACUCGUCACGACGGCAACCAUCCGUCGAGCUUAUUCCCUCCAAUCGAGUUCGAACCCACACGUUUGUUGGCUCCAUAUGCGCACAACAAUAUGGCGCGUAAGUGCCUAACUACCGUCGUCGUGUGCCUGCUGGCGUCCACCGUGGCGGCCCAGGUCAUUGCUGAUGAGAAGAAGACCCUCGAGGAGGCAUUCUUUGGCUCCCGCAAGGGCUUAGGCCGUUUAGAACGAAUGCUUCAAAUCGAGACUGAGCCGGAGCCGGAGCCCAAGGAGCCCACUGGCACCAGCUGUGGCCCUGCUGCGCUCACCGACCGCACCGACUGCGCUGCGCCCGUGACCUCCGACCAGCCCGCCCCUACCGUCACCACUACCACCUCCAAGCCCAGCGAGGAGGGUCGUCAGCAGACCUGCACAGGACCCGACUGCCUCGAGGCGCCCAUGCCCGGCCAAGUCGGCGCCCCCAACCACGCCGCCAGCGACGCCGCCGCGCAGGCUCCCCAGACGCGGCCCUUGACGUACGGCCCCAUGACCUCGACGGCGUUUGACCGCAUGGUGGCCAAGAAGCGCGCCGCGGUGCGCGCCCAAGUGGAGGCGGCCGGCGGCAUGGACGGAAUGCUAAAGACGUUCAUGGAGGCCCACGCCGACCCGUUCAAGGAGGCUGCCGCGCUGAAGGUGCCGCGCCACGCCUCCGACGAGGCCGGCAUCCCAAUUCCCUCCGCCAGCAGCGCCAGCUCUGGGUCCAGCAAGCAGCAGCAGCCCCCACCCGUGAGGCGGGACUUUGAGAUGCGCUUCGCCGCCGAGGCCCCCGCCAUGGCGCCCGCCAACGACGAGGAGGCGGUGCUAGCUGACGAGGCCGCCGCGCGCUCCCACACGCCCGCCGCCGCCGGCCGCGCCUGGGGCACCAGCGAGGCCAACCUCAGAAAGCAGCAGACGCAGCAGCAGCCCAAGGGCCAGCAGCAGCAGCCCACGGGCCAGCAGCAGGACGACCAGCAGCAGCCCAAUGGCCCCGGCCGGCCGCCCAUGACCGAGGAGGAGGCGGCCAAGCUGGCGGUGCAGGCUGCGGCGCGCAAAGCGGGUCUGGGCCGCAAGAGGCUGGCGGCGCAGGCCGGCCGGCUCUUGGACCGCCAGGCGGCGCUGUCGGCGGCGAUGCAGGCCAAGCAGAGUGCCAAGGCCACGGCGCUGCCCACCCGCACCACCACCGGCGCAGGCGCCACUGGCCAGCAGCAGCAGCAGCAGCAGCAGCAGCAGCAGCCGCUGGGCCGCCCCAAGCGCGGCGUCACUGCCUCAUCAGGCGGGGCUGACUACAAGACCAUGCCGGCCGCCUCGCGCUCGGGCUUUGCCGGCCGCGGCCCCCGCGAGCCGCGCAUUGAGGUGGAGGCCCACGUCAUGCCCGGCGCCUCGCGCCCCGCCUCCGAGCUGCCCGAUGCCGACCGUGUGCCUGACUCGCUCCUGCGCCCCAAGCCCCAGCCGCAGCAGCAGCCGGAGACCGCCGCCGCCACUGAGCAGACCGCCGCCUCCGAAGCGGCGGCGCCGCACCACGUGCGCUCCGACAUUGAGCGUGUGCUGCUGCUGGAGCAGCACGCCACCGCCGCCGCCGCCGCCGCCCUGACCGAGGAGGCACCCAGGGAGCCUGCUGCUUCCAAGCCGGCCAAGGCCGUGAGGAAGCCCUCUGCGCGCAUGUCGCAGGCCGUGUACAAGCUGCAGCUGCAGCAGCGCAUCCAGGCUGACCAGGCGGCGCAGGCGCGCAGCUGGGCGGCGCUGGACUACGCCUGCGCCGCGCUGCUGCUCAUGGUGGCGCCUGUGGCCGUGUUCCUGGCGGCGGCUGUGAUGGAGGACGUCUUCCUCAGGUCCACGGGCGCCGCGCCCAGCGUGCCGUCGACCUCGUCGUCGGCGUCGUGGUCGGAGCUGCCGGUGCGCUGGGCGGAGCUCACCGCCGGCCUGUGGCGACGCACCCGCCGCGCCGCCGCCGCCGCGAUGAAGGCUCUGCCGGUGGUUGCGCACGGCGGCGGCCGCGACCAGCUGCCCAUGUGCUCGCAGGAGCAGGAGGCGCUCGCCGCCAUCACCUCGCACGCGACCGGCGUGGCGGACCUGACUGUGCGCCGCCGGCACUAGAGCGGCCGCUGCUGCAGACAUCCUGCAGAGGGAGCUCGUCCAUGGCGUGUGAGUGCUUAACGCAGCAGCAUUGGCAGCAGCAGUGACGGCAGUAAUGGCAGCGGCAGCUUGGCUUUCAGUCGUGGUCCGCGCAAGCGCGGCGCAAGUCGUUCGGGGCCUGCCAGUAGGUCCCUGGUUGUUUUUUGACGGCGGGGUCACAACUAGAUGGGUUUGGGGCGAGAUUAGGUAGCUGCCCGAUGCCCGUAAAAGCUCAACAGUGCGCAGCAAGAGUAGCAGGGUGCAGCACACGUUCGGCUGGGAUGUCGAUAGUGUGGCACAAUCCGACGUUGUUGUGGUGAGCAAGCAGUGCAACAAGGCGCAGGCCGGGCCAACGCGGUGCAUUGAGCGUGUUUGGCAGGUCCGGUUGUGGUUGCACACGCGGGCAGAAUUGGCACCCCCAUGUUGUCAAGUAUAGGGGGCAAUCUUCUUUUCAUGCGCUGUGAUUUGACGCCGCUGUGCCGAAUUGUUUGUUUCGAUUCGAGUGCCAUUUCUCUGAGUGCGUGGACUGCGACGUGUUUUACCGUAUGUUACGGCGCCCCGUUUGGCGGCCGCAGAUCAACUUCCACAUAAGUUGUUACUGAAGCCUUCUGCAGGGUAUGAUCUUGGUUAGUUUGCCUCGUUUCGCUGCGGUAAUGUACCCUGGCGACGAGCCUCCACACACGAACCAUGGGACAGAUGCAUGGUCGUGAUGACAAGCAUGUGGUAUGACGUAUUGCACGCACAAGAAGACACAAGGCAAGAGCGCUGCAAUUAAUAGUCACAAGCAUGGAUCCCAUGCUAGAGAAUUGUGGGAUAGCCGUAUGGUUUGUACCUGACCGUUUUGAUGAGUAUGCGUUGCAUUGCCGCCAUGACUCUGAGUAGCCGAUAGCACCUUUGCAUUAGGAGCUGAUUGAGCCCGACUUAUUAUAGUAAGCAGUGGUCUGUACAUACAGGCCUAAAUCUGGAGAGUGUUUGCAUGGGGGAGACGCCAAAUGAGUGUGCGACAAGCAGGACGAAGGGAGCCUGGCAAAGUAUUGAGAUGGAGAGCUAGCUCGAGCUCGAGCAAGCAAGAGAGGAGCAAUUCGUGAGUGCUCGGGGCUUUCCUUGUGUAUUAAUCUCUAACGCAGGUUCCUGAACGAUGGUAUGAUGCAGGGGGUGCCUUUCGUCCUUGUGGUUUUCUUGGCACGCUGCAUGUUCCGCACACGCAACAUGGGAGUUACAGGGCCGGCAGCAACAGAAGCGCAAGGGUUGCUUGCUCGGGAGCAAGAUACGAUAGUGACAAGUGGAUGGUGCUAGACGUUAGUCAAUACAGAGUUUGGCGGCACGGCUUAUUAAGUACAUGGAGGCGCAGACGGGCAUGCCGUCAUGCGUAUGAAGGGGUAUAACUUGCUUGCUCAUAAACGUGUAAUGGACAGAUGUU